CCGAAUGCGAACGCUCGAACAGGUGCGCGUGCGGAAUGUUCUAUCUGUGUGUUAUCGAGCGUGUCGGUUGGAGUUUAUAUGCAAGAGUCGGUUCCGGUGUGUUUUGGGCGGCUUUUACUCCGUGAAGCGAUUUAAAAAAACCCUGUAAAUGUUAUAUUAGUUUGAAAGAAAUUGUUUGAGGACGUUUUUAUUUCAUUUUCUGUGGAAACGUGUUCACUUUUCUACGGCUAAUAGAAGAACUGAGGUGUCCUACGAGCCUGGUGGAGAGGUUUUACUCAACACAGUGACUGAGGCUAAUGUAGGAAUGCCAUAGUUUGUGAGAAACUAGAGAGUAGAAUAGCAAAGAAGUAGUUAAUUCAUGUAUCUACAAGUGUAAAGUAAGUAAAAGUAGCCUAUUUAAUUCUUGAAAGGUUUAACCAAAUGGAGGAAAUGAAGAAAAUAUCAAACCCAGUCUGCUUUGCCCUGUUAUUGACUGCAGUCAUUGCCUGUGUGUGUAGCGAGUUUGUUCAACCCCCUCCGUUUCUGUCGCUGCGUUCCUUCACUGAAGAAGAGACUCAACUGCCGUGUGAGUAUAAACCGCAGGACGGUGACACGGUGAUACAGGUGACCUGGUCUGUAGAAAAGAGCAAUGGUAUCAAGGAGCAGGUCAUCACCAGACACGUGACCGAGGGGCUUCAAGAGUUUCCUAGCUUUGCAGGCCGUGUCCGCUUUGCAAGUUCUGAUGCGAUUAAAGACUCAACGCUGUUGAUUCUGAGCACAAAGGAGUCGGAUCAAGCCACGUACACCUGCCACAUCGCCACUUUUCCUUCAGGGAACUUCGACAGAAAAAUCAGCCUCACUGUCUGGAGAAUUCCCAUCUCCACACUGGACUCGGUCAUCCUGCAAGAGGGUCAGACAUUCCGAGUGGCCGCCACCUGCCGUGCAGUUGGCCUGCCUCCACCACGCCUCUCCUGGGACACCGACGUCCCUGGCAAAUCACAAAACAGGAGCUCAGGGGAUGGUGUUGUCACCUCUCUGUAUUCGCUGCACCCUCUGCGCGGCAUGAAUGGCCGCAAUCUGGACUGCCUGGUGUGGCACCCUGCUCUAGAGCGCCCCCGCAGGUUGAGCAACAAACUGGUCGUGCACUUUCCUCCUGAUGCUAUGAUUUCUGGUUACGAUCAGAGCUGGUCAGUUAAUCAGAAGGGAGCUGAGCUCACGUGCAAGGGUGAAGGAAAUCCUCAACCACACAACUUCACCUGGACCAGGAAGGGUGGGAUUUUGCCCAAGGACGUAUCUGUGGAAGGGAACAGGCUCAUUUUCACUCGUCCCCUAAAUAGAACGGAUGAAGGAGUGUAUGAAUGUGAGGCCAAAAACUCCGUGGGAUCGGUGAAGACAGAGAUUAAUGUCCAGCUCCUAGGAGUAGCUGAACCUUUCCAGGACUCUUCCCACAACUAUCUCCUUGUCAUAGUGGGUAUAGCUGCCGUGGCUUUAGUAGUUGUCAUGACAAUUAUCAUCCUUCUGGUUACCUGCCAUCAUAAACGCAGGACCAAGGAACUUAAAAAGGAGCUCACCGAGAAGAAGGAGGAGAUCAAUAAUCUUUCGAGACAGAACUCUAUAAGGAGACUCAACUCGGUCAAUACUGACCCCAGGAUACCGAAUGAAGAAUGUGUCCGAUUGAGGAUGGAGUCUUUUGUAAAAAGCAGUAACAUUUCACUAGAGCAGGCAAACGAGUGCAGAUACAGCGACUGCGACAGCAUCGGCCGUCCAGCCCUCUACCGGUCUUACAGCUCCGUGCGAGACAGCGGGAGAUGGAAAGGGACAGAAAUGGAGAGACAAUACUACUUACAAAGAGAGGCAUCCUUUGGAAACGACCGUAAUACGACUUUGGAUUUAAAUGCUUGCAGAGAACAGGGCCUUCCACACUUGUCCAGGACCUCGGGGGUUUCAAGAGAAGAAAGUACAGAAAAAUACAUGUGGGAACAGAGAGAAGGCAUGCCAGAGGGAGAGGAGGGAGACCGUACCUCAAACUCAUGUCAGCACUCGGAGGGAUUUUCAAACCACUUCAACUACAGCAACGGCACCCCCAGGUCAAAUAUUCAACUAGACAAUGUGAUACUCCAGUCACGUGGCCAUGUCGUAUAAUGAUGAGGCGAAGAUGUUUCUACACGGCAUGUCAUUCCUGUGAUCUUUUCAAGUCACCAGUAAUGAGCUUUGUGGUCCAGUGGAGCUCGUCCUGCUUGCUGCUUCAUCCGACCAACAAAUUCAUUCUACACUCCCUGGAGCACACGCGUUAAUAUCAUAAGCAGGUUGGCGCAUAUUCAGCUUUCUGUUCUACUCGCAGGUCCUCUACCAGCAGGCUGCAAGUCCAGAUAUGGAUACAUCAACAGGUUUAAGCCGACCAGCAACGUGUUGAGCUGGUGAAAGCAUCUAAACAUGAACUCGUGUAGCAGUUCCUCCGUUAGGACUUGUGCCUGCAUUCGGAAAACUGUCUGAAUGAGUGCAAAAGUAACAUUAAAUUAACGUUACCAGUUAAAAGGUUCCGAUUUAACACCGGCAGAUAAUUUUCUAACGCUUGGUAAUUCAUUUGGAAGACAAGAUAAUCCUUCAUCUAUAGCUCUUAUUCAGAACAGCAGAAACAUUUGAAUUAAAUGUUCAAAAUGGGUAAAUAAUCAGCUUGUUAAUUAACUUUCACAAUCAAAUCCCUUGCAUGUAUUUUGCCAUAUGCUGACCUAAAUAAAGGUCAAAAGGUUUAUUCUUAACAAAAAACAAACCAAAAAGGGGGGAAAAAAACACCCAGCAGAUGGAUUGGAGGUGUGAUGGACAACCAACAAGUAUUUCACAGACUCUUCUCUCGUUCUUAAAGUGCCAUUCCACCAUUGGAUGUAUUCUUUGGCAUAAAAUACAAUAUAUUUUAUGACAACAUGACUAGACAGAGAAAUCU